ACGACACACCGAGUGCGAACCGACGCCUGCGGCCAUUUUCUAAAGCCUUCCUGCCCAAACGUCCGUUCUGUCGCCCCGUACCUAUCUACGUCCAGAACUUUUUCUAGCACACCAACUCGUUUCGCGUUGCCAUCAAUUUUUUCUUUCGCUACCGUCACCCGGCACAUCGCUCGUCCCCGACGACAACGCUUGACGGUAAUCACACAGUCCGCACGAAACCCGACGACACACAGCCGCGAACAUGUCGGACGAACAACCGAAAGAACAGACCAACGGCACCAACGACAACAAUGGCGUCGAUCAAUCCAACCUAGAAGAACAAGUCAAGGAAGACGACAGGAAAUUAUUUGUUGGCGGUUUAAGCUGGGAAACAACAGAAAAGGAAUUAAAAGAACAUUUUGUUCAAUAUGGAGAGAUCACUAACAUUAGUUUAAAGACUGAUCCUGCGACUGGGCGUUCCAGAGGAUUUGCUUUUAUAAUUUUCAAGUCUGUUGACGGAUUAAAUAAUGCAUUUGCUGCUGGUGACCAUGUUAUUAAUGGCAAGAAAAUUGAUCCUAAAAAGGCAAAAGCAAAACAAGAGAAAGUGUUUGUUGGUGGUUUGCCGUCUGAUGUAACAAAUGAUGAAAUCAAAGAAUUUUUCGGAAAAUGGGGUGUUAUUGUCAACUUAGAAGUUCCCUUUGAUAAAAUGAAAAACCAACGUAAGGGUUACUGUUUUAUCACUUAUGAAUCUAGUGAUAAGGUACAAGAUCUUUUUAAAACUGCCAAACAAACAAUUAAAGGCAAAGAAGUGGAUGUUAAAAAAGCAGCACCCAAGCCUGCUAAUCCAUAUGCUAACCCUAAAGCAAUGAGAGGUCGAGGAGCAGCCCGUGGAGCAUAUGGGCCGUAUGCUGCACCAUACGGGACAUAUGGAGCUUACCCUCCUCAAGGAUAUGACUAUUAUGGAGGAGCGACAUACCCAGGUUACGAAGCUGAUUAUUAUGGUAGCUAUGGCUAUGCUGGAUAUGAUUAUGGUUAUGGAUAUGAAGCUCCGCCAGCUCCUGUUUCUGCUACUAGGGGCCGAGCUGCAUUUAAUGGUGCUGGAAAAACAAGAGGAGCAUCUCGAGGAUCCGGUGCAAGACAUGCUCCAUAUUAAAUUUUAAAUACCAUUCUCCCUAUUUUUGUGUGUGUUUGUAUGUUCGAGUGUGUACACUUUAAAAUGACAUAAUCUUUUUUUAUAUAUAAACAAAUCAUUUUUCUUGAUGACAAUAAUGACUUGUGAAAAUAGUAGAACUCCUCCUCCCUUCUCUAAUUAGCGAUUUAUGUUUUUAACAUAUAAUCUAUGAAAUGUACAAAUAAAACAUAAAAUUAAUAUUAUUUUAAUUAAGCACAAACCAUAUGGUAAAUUAUAAUAUAAAUUUACUUUUUUUUUUACUUUUUAGUUUAGUUUGUAUUUUUAUUUCCAUUAAAUAAAAAUUAAUUAGACAUUUUUAAAGACUUGCACUACUUGUGCAUAUAUUAUUAUACUAGUUAAUUUUGGUUUACUUGUGUGAUUUUUAUAUGAUAAUUUAAUAUGUUUGAAUUUUUUUUUGUAUAAUAUUAAAUAUAAUAUAUCAUAUAAUAAAAUAUUUUAGGGCCUUUGCAAUAGAUAUCUGAUACUUAUAUUGGACAAAUGAAAAAUUAUUGUUCCAUUGAAAUUAAAUAUGUAUUUAUUUAUAUAAAUUAGAAAACAAUAAACUUGAAUCCAUACGA